AACACCUUCGCCCACACCCAACACCGUUACGCCGAAUCAAAACUCCACCGAAAAAUUAGAAAACAAAUCAAGAAGCCGAAGCGAGUAGCGACUACCAGCGAGGCCAGCAGGGAGUGGCGCCCGAAGCUGCGCGAGCGAGCUGAGGCGCCCAGCGAGCCAGGAGAUCUCGCCGCGACCGCCCCCGACGCCGCGCGUGUCGCCGCCGGAUCGUAGCCAGCGGUCUCCCGCCAAGAGGCGCCACCGACCGGCCGGCCAAUGCAGGUGGACACCCCCGCGGACUCGGUAAAGAGUGUGGGGGAUGUUUGAGCUGCGGUAUGUCAGGAGGAAUGUGAUUCGUCUGCGCAUUCAGAGGCGACUUGCUGCUGUGAAGCUGUGAUUAUUCCGUUACGGAUUGGGAACGCAUGGAGUCCAGGAUGGAUCAGUACGAGAUCAUGGAGCAGAUUGGGCGUGGUGCCUUUGGCGCUGCCAUCCUCGUGAAUCACAGGAUUGAGAAGAAGAAGUAUGUAUUGAAGAAAAUCCGUCUUGCAAGGCAGACCGAGCGCUGCCGCAAGUCUGCUCAUCAAGAGAUGGCUCUGAUAGCUCGACUGCAACAUCCUUACAUUGUUGAAUUCAAAGAGGCUUGGGUUGAGAAGGGUUGCUAUGUCUGCAUCAUCACGGGCUACUGUGAGGGUGGAGAUAUGGAUGAGUUGAUGAAGAAAUCAAAUGGUACUUACUUUCCCGAGGAGAAAUUGCUGAAAUGGUUCGCACAAUUGGUAUUAGCUGUUGACUACUUGCAUUCGAACUAUGUCUUGCAUCGUGAUCUCAAGUGCUCCAACAUAUUUCUUACGAAAGAUCAGAAUAUACGCCUUGGAGAUUUUGGCCUAGCCAAGACUUUAAAGGAAGAUGAUUUAACUUCUUCAGUCGUUGGAACACCAAAUUACAUGUGUCCAGAGCUUCUGACAGAUAUUCCCUAUGGGUUCAAAUCAGACAUCUGGUCUCUUGGAUGUUGUAUGUAUGAGAUGGCAGCUCAUCGACCUGCUUUCAAGGCCUUUGAUAUGGCUGGAUUGAUAAGUAAGAUAAAUAGGUCCUCCAUGGGUCCCUUGCCUGCCUGCUACUCUUCUUCUAUGAAAUCUCUUAUCAAAAUUAUGUUGAGGAAGAAUCCUGAGCAUCGACCUACUGCUUCAGAGAUUAUGAAGAACCCAUAUCUGCAACCUUAUAUUGAUCAAUGUCGUGCUCUUUCUGAUGCUUCAAAUUCCACACGGACACCACAGAAAGCAUUGUCCACUUCACGGGGCAGUCAGAGAAGCAUGUCUGAGAGCCAGAGCAGUAGCAUUUCUAGCAGUGAUAUAAACAGCACACAAUCAAGUGACAGAAGCACAUCAGGGGGGGCUGCAGGUACUGAUAUCAAGGUCGUUGAUACUCUAAGCAUUCAUGAUGUGGACAGAGUUGACUCAGAUGAAAAAUGUACAACACUAGAAGAUCUCAGAGUAAACAAAGAUGUUUCGUGUGCUGAACUGAAAAGACAAGAUUCAUCGAAAUCCUUACAUCAGCAUCCUAGAGGUGAGAGUAAGCAACCAAAAAUCAUUGAGAAGAUAAUGACAACCUUAAGAGAGGAGAACAGGCUUAGAGAAAGCAGUUCUCCUGCAAGAGCUAGAGGUAUAAAGCUGAGUCCUGCAGUCAGUAGUGAGAAUGAAGAAGAGCAGUCAUCAGAGACUUCAAGAAUUAACAGUGGUGCUUCAUACAGAUCAAAGUCUGGUGACGAUUCAUCUCAUGGAUCGGCCAAUACCAAGGAUGGAUGUGUGAGUCCAAUUCAACCGUCACCACCCUUGAAGCAACUGUCACCUCAUGUUGAAAACAAUUCAAAGAUCAAUACUGGUCGGUCAUCAACUCCUGAACCUGCCAAACAGGUCGUAGAAAAUGGUUCUGCAGUUUCAAGGAAGUCAAAGAUCAAGACGCCACCUAGUGCUACUAGACGGCCUAGCCCUCAGAGACGAGCGGGAGUAGGGACUACUAGCCUCCCAGUCAUUGUGCCAAAAGGAGCUCAGAUUAAGGUCAUGACAGAGAGUGAGAGAAGUCCAUCCCAACCUCCUCAUUGUCUAGAUGGUACUCCUGGUGAUCUUCCACAUAUUGUAAGAAUACCUAAAUAUCCGUCAGAAGGAGUGAACAUCAUGCUAGACCAUCCACAUUCAAAAUCUGCUCCUCGAGAUUUUUUCGCUGUAGCAACUAAGGAACACUUCAGUGCUUGCUCAAGUUCUACAGUUGGUUCUGUUGAAAAGAUGGACCUGUCUGAACUAUCUGAACCUUACUCACCUGCUUGCUUGAUUGCAUCGUACACAGGCUUUGCGCUCGAUGCUGCCACAAAAGACGACGACCUUACAGCCAUACCAUCUUCGGAAAAUAUCACCAACAAUUUGCAGAUGACUGUGGCUAGUAAUGAUGAUUCAAGACUUAGCUCUGCUUUGGAUCCAUCCAUUCAAAGCGUUGAGCAAGAGUUUGUUUGCAAGGAUGAUGUUCAAUCCAGUAUGCAUGGGCAGAAAGCUGCCACCUCACAUAGCGGCGAGGAUAAAUUUACUGUCCAAGAACUUCUUUCAUCGAUAACACUAGAUGUUGCUUCUUUUGUUCCAACCGCAGAAAAUAGAAUACUUGAGAAGGGGCCCAAUUCCAUUCAGUCAUUGAAGGAACAAACAGGUUCUCAUUUAGACCCACUGGUUGAUGAUGAUGUACAGGAUAUUCUACACAUCAAUCUCCAUGCCAGCAACCAGCGGUGUAUAUCAGAAAAUGUUCAAGGGGAAACUCGGAACAUGGAUGCCAGCAAACUUCUGAAUGUGACAAGAGAAGAUCUGGACGUAAAAAGCAGCUCAUGUCCAUUGAACACACUGCUUUCUACACUUCCUCCUUCAGUUGCUUCCGAAUUGAAUGUUCCCGAAGGCGAUGCUGCCUGUAGGAUACCAGCCAGCUCAGACACAGUAAAAUUAUCUACUGUCGUCAAUGUGAAAUCUUAUACCUCUGAGGCCAACAAUGUUGUCAAGGAAGAGACAUCCCCUGCUAAGGAAAUGCUAGAUGUCACAUCAUUUAGGCAGCGAGCUGAGGCUCUUGAAGGGCUCCUGGAGCUUUCUGCGGACCUACUGGAAGACAACAGAUUGGAGGAACUUGCUAUUGUUCUGAAGCCGUUUGGGAAGGUUAAGGUCUCCCCAAGAGAAACAGCAAUCUGGUUGGCUAGAAGUUUUAAAGGCAUGAUGAACGACGAAGCAAGUCGCACAUCUAUGUGAGUAUUUGUAUUUGAUAGCCCUGAUGCUUUUUUUGGUUGCUCCCCAUUGUGAUAUGAGUCUACUCAAAAUCGCUUGAUUUUAUAAGAGCGUGUGGUCUGGUUUUGCCUUUUGAUUCAACCAUUCUUUGUGGCGUAUGUGUAUGUGUAUACUACACAGCCAGGACUUGCAAACAGAAAUAAAUUUGCCUUCAGUGCUGCAAGAA